AACACUUCCUUUGCUUUAUUGCUACAGUGCCCUCUCUCAUUUCAGUCCCACUCUCACUCUGCCUCUGCUCUGCCGUAAGGUAGCAUCAUCCCUUUCUUACUGCAGAUCUCGGAGCUACAUUUCGUCCCCCAUUAUCUCGUUCUGGCUGGCUGAGGGCUUCUAUCAGGUUUUUUGCACCAAAAUGUUGGACGGGGAGUUGUGGAAAAUCUAAUCCUUGGUGGAUCUCACUGUUGGAUUUCCUUGGAUACAUUGAGAUUUUGGUGCCGGAUUCAAACUCGCAUGUAUGGAUCUUGAUUUAGAGAAGGCCGAUUGGGUUGAUGAUGAAGCUUUGUUAGGUUCCAGAGUACAAGCAAAAUUCAUAUUUAUUAACUAGCUGUUCUGAAAUGGGGAAAUCUCCGGGGAAAUGGAUCAAAACUUUGCUUUUUGGGAAGAAAGCAACUAGAUCCAACUUAUCCAAAGGAAGGGAGGCCUCGAAAAUUACAACUCAGAAAGGAUUAGCUGUGGAAAAAGUGCCCCGAGCUUCAGAUGUGGAUUGUUCAGUGACUUCUGGACCCGUGUUUAUCAGUACCAGCAGUUAUGUGGUUAACUCUGAACUGGAAACUGGAACAAUUAAAGGAUUAGACAAUGAUGAAUCAAUCAUAGCAUCAACAAAUACUGUUUUAGAAAAGGAUGUCCGGGAAUCGGUUUCACUAACUGAUCCUGAAAAAAUAAGGAAGGAUCUGGCAGCCACGAGUGUUCAAGCGGCCUUUCGGGGUUACUUGGCUCGUAGGGCAUUUGGUGCGUUGAAAGGAAUUAUAAGGCUGCAGGCACUCAUUCGUGGACAUUUGGUAAGGAGACAAGCUGUUGCCACGCUAUAUUCUCUUAUGGGAAUCAUCAAAGUUCAGGCUUUGGUUCGUGGGCAAAGAGUUAGAUCCUCUGGUAUUGGUCUUGAAAUCAGUACCAAGUUUCCUUGCAGGAAGGACAUGGUGGUUAAGAAAUUGAACUCCAAGCAUAAACUCUUUGCAAAUGUUUUUGUUGUCAGGCUUGUUUCUUCACCAAUUACUAGAAUGCCUUUGCGAACCCAGUACAUUCAAUGUGAACCUAAUUCUGUCUUUAGCUGGCUCGAGAGGUGGACAGUCUCACUAUCCUGGAAACAUGCACUGCCGUCUAGGAAAAUUACUGGAUCAAAACCACAAGCCAAGAAGAAUUAUGCUAUGGAAACUGAGUCGGGCAGAUCGAAGCGUGGUGUUCGACGAAAUAAUACAUCAACCAUUGACUCUGGCUCAAGUACAGUUGCAGAUCCUGAGAAGCCCAAACGCAUCUUGAGAAAAUUUUCUAGUCCUAAUGUUGAUUCAAUUACAGAAAAUCCUCAAAGUGAGCUUGAAAAGGUUAAACGUAAUCUGAGAAAGGUUUCCAAUUCCAUGGCAGAGACUUAUGGCCAUGUAGAGAUUGAAAGUGAUAAAUCGUCCCCAAAUCUGAAAAAACUAUCAAAUACUCCAUCUUUUGCUCCAUAUCAGAGCAUUGAGGAUUCUGUAGAAGAGUUAAAAGAUGAUGUGGCAUUGACUCCUAAAACUGAGCUUGUCCUGGAAACUGAAUCAAAGUCCAUACCCGUAGGUGUAAUUGAUGUGCCAUGUGAUGAUCCUUGUAUUGAUGAAGUGCAUCCAUUGCAGAACAUUAGUGGGGAUGAUAACAUUCCAAUGAUGAAUGGCGGGACAUGUGUUAAGGAUGACCUAAUUCACAGAAACCCAAAGAGGGGUAAAAGAAGGGAAUCUUUUGCUGCAAAAUCGGAAAAUGAAGAAAAUGGUAUUCAAACUAAUUCCACGCUUCCAAGUUAUAUGGCAGCAACCGAAUCCGUCAAGGCAAAGCUUCGUGCACAGAAUUCACCAAGAGUUUGUUCUGAUUCAAUUGAGAGGAAUGGAACUGAGAGGAAUGGCGUAACCCGCCGACAUUCUUUGCCAUCUUCUACCAAUAGCAAACUUAGUUCUCAUUCACCUCGUACACAGAGACUUGUGCAAACUAAUGGAAAAUGUGCUGCUAAAAAUGAUAGAGCUCUUUUGUCAUCUAGAGAUGGACAUGAGAAGCUGGUUCAAGUCGAAUGGAGACGAUAGUUUUGCUAGAAAAUGCGUGACAUUAGGCUAUGCUAAUGGUGCUUACGACAUUUCAUUUGAUGGUCGUCUGGUUCUCAUGUAAAGCUGUACGUGUUGUAAUCAGUAGAAGUUCAUUAACAGUUUGCUGACUUGUGUGGUGUGUGCCUGAUGCUUUUACUUCCUUGAUAUUUGUAUACAGUUUAGCUGCUUCGUCUUGUUUCUGUGGUCAAUAUUCCUUAAAAAAAUAGCUGGGAUUUGCAAAUUUCUGUUUAUUAAUAGACGUCCGAGACAAUUUCAGCUUAAAGUUGCUUAUCUUGAUGGUAAAAUUUAGUAGAUUUCAUUAUGUAAUUGGAGUAAGACGAGAUUGUCAUAAUAUGUUCAAUUAUUUUGCUUGAUGUCAGUCACUUUAUAUUUCUUGUUCGCACUUUCUUAUUA